AAGGGGGCGGGACAGAACACCGAGAAGCGAGCGAACCUGUCAUGGCGCGAGUGUCGGUUUUGGGAGUUUCGCUGCUGGAGAAUCCGAGCCCGUUCGACCACCCGCUCCGCUUCCAGGUGCAGUUCGAGUGCGGAGAGGCGUUGCCCCACGAUUUGGAAUGGAAGAUCAUCUAUGUGGGAUCUGCAGAGAGUGAGGAAUAUGAUCAAAUUCUUGAUUCUGUACUGGUAGGACCUGUUCCAGCUGGGAGACAUAUGUUUGUGUUUGAAGCAAAUAGUCCCAACCCUGAUCUAAUCCCUGAAAGUGAUGCUGUGGGAGUUACAGUAAUACUCAUUACUUGCACCUACCUUUGUCAGGAGUUUAUCCGCAUUGGGUAUUAUGUGAACAAUGAAUAUAUAAAUCCUGAAUUAAGGGAGAACCCACCUCUCAAGCCAGACUUUUCCCAGUUGCAGAGGAAUAUUCUGGCCUCCAAUCCCCGAGUCACCCGUUUCCACAUCAAUUGGGAUGGUCCUAAAGAUCAGAUGGACAAUAUUGAAAAUGUAGAGCCGGAGCCUGAUGGUUUCCUAUCUUCUAGCUGUGCCUACAUCAAAGGAUUGAUCCCUUCUGCAGGCUUGCAACCUGAAAAUUCAAUGGACUGCAUAUAAAACAGGCAGAAGAAUUUAAAGAUGCAGAAAAUUGCAGCUAAAUGAAUUAUUUGAAAAAUCUGUGAAGAGAUAUGGAUUCUUAUGGCCAGUAAAGCAAUGGGAGUCCUAAUUGUUACAUCUGUGUAGACAAACAUAUCAGAGCUCUUUUCAUAUCUGGAUUUAUAACAAAUGUGUCUUCCUGAUUAUAGAUUUGUAAUUCUGUCAUUAUUUCUUGACUGAAACUUGGCUCCUCUUGUGCUGACUGCUUAUGAACACUUAGUUGACACAGAAAAAUCUUGUGCCAUAAUUCCUGAAGACUCAGAACAGUGGGAACUAACUUAUUAUUUUGAUCAUCCAUUGCCUAAAAGUGGGCACAGCAAGCACUCUCAUUUCUGGACAGUUUGAAUUUCUUUCUUUUUUUUCUGUUAGUACAGAGAGCUGACUCUUGAGGACAUGCUUUUUUAAUAAAUGACCAG